AUGGGCGGACGCCGUGCCGGGGAGGUGCCGCCGCCGGCCGUGGCCUUUCGCCCGGGGAAGGUGGUGACCUCUGACGUCCUGAGGGAUGCCCGCAUCCUCAUCCUGCACAUGGGCCGUGACUUCUCCUUUGAUGACUGUGGUCGGGCCUUCACCUGCCUGCCUGUGGAGGAGCCCGGUGCCCCGGCUGAAGCUCUGGUCUGCAACCUGGACAGCCUGCUGGAGACCAUGACGCACCGGCUCUGCGUGGGCUCCCCACCCGGUGUGUGGGUUUGCAGCACUGACAUGCUCCUCACCGUGCCCUCAGCACCAGGGAUUGACUGGGACGGCUUCCAGGGCGUCAGAGUGAUCGCAGUGCCUGGGAGCCAGGCGUAUGCCAGGAACCAUGGCGUCUAUCUCACUGAUGAGCAGGGGCUGGUGCGCAACAUCGUCUACAAAGGCACGGAGGCCCAGAUCCAGCAGUGCGCGGGGCCCAAUGGCACCGUCCCACUGGUCUGCGGGGUGGUUUUCUUCUCCUCGGAUGCUGCCGAGCAGCUUCUGGCCACCCACGUCAUCCCUCCUCUGGAUGCCUGCACCUACAUGGGGCUGGACUCGGGGGCACCGCCCAUCCAGCUCUCCCUCUUCUUCGACAUCGUGCUGUGCAUGGCAGGGGGGAUGACGGAGGAGGAGUUCCUGAAGGGUGGCGGUGACGCCAGCGUGAGAAGCGCCCGCUCCGUGCUGUGGACGGCUCUCCGCGCCUUCCCCCUUAGCAUGGCCUGCAUCCCUGACGCGUCCUACGACUACAUGACCACCUCUGCGAGCGACUACAUCCGCAGCCUGACGCUCCUGCCCGGCUCUGCCAGUCACCUCCGCUUCUGCAAAACAGCCCAUUCCCACGUGGACCAGCCCUGUCUCCUGGAGGACGGCUCUUCGGUCACCAACUGCCUGCUGGAAGGAGCCGUGCGGUUGGCGGCCGGCAGUGUCAUCCAGCACUGUCACCUCCAGGGUCCCCUGGAGAUUGGUCCUGGCUGCGUCCUCUCAGGCCUCUCCACAGGCUCCUCACCAGCCCUGCGGGGCUGUCCCCUGCGUGAUGUUGUCCUGCAGGGACACCACGUCCGGCUGCACGACCUGCCCUGCCGUGUGUUCACUCUCACCGGCCGUCUCGACGACUGGCAGAGCCCUGCUGAAGAGGCCACCUAUCUGAACAUGCCCUGGGCUGAGUUCUUCCAUCGGACAGGCAUACGGGAAGGGGACCUUUGGGACGCUGAGAUGCCACGGAGGAGCCGCUGCCUGCUCAGCGCCCGGCUCUUCCCAGUGCUCCACGCCCGCGAGGCGCUGGGGCUGGAGGACGUGUGUGGCUGCUUGCCCUGCCUGGACAAGGCAGCCGAGCUGGGGGCCCGCCGGGCCCUCUUCUUCCUGCAGGGCCAGCGCAAGGUGCGACGGGUGCUGCUGGGGCGCCAGGACAGCAGCCUCCUGCCGCUCGCCCGCAGCGCCGUCCAUGAGGGCUACCACGAGGCUGUGCUGGGCACGCUGGAUGAGGUUGCCUCCACAGCCGGUGAUGCUGGCGUUGCAGCCCGGGCGCUCGCCUGCAUCGCCGAGGUCCUGGGCUGCAUGGCACAAGGGGAAGGGGGCUUGCGGAGCGGGCCCGCUGCCAACAGGGAGUGGGCCUCAGCUUUCGGGCGCCUGGAGAGCGGGGACAUCGCCGGCGGUGUGCGGGAGCUGGCCACCGAGCGGCAGAAGUGGAUGAGCAGUCCGGCUUUGCUGGUGAGAGCGGCUCGGCAUUACGAGGGAGCCGAGCAGAUCCUCGUCCGGCAGGCGGUGAUGUCCUCGUGCCAGUUUGUCACCGUGGGACAGGCGGAGCUGCCACCCUUGGGGCACUGGGUGCAGGUGGUGUGUCCAGCCCGUCUGGAUCUCUCCGGCGGCUGGAGCGACACCCCCCCCAUCACGUACGAGCACGGCGGGGCCGUGGUGGAUGUGGCGGUGCUGGUGGAUGGGUGCCGGCCCAUCGGCGCCCGGGUGCGGCGUAUCGGCGAGCCCGAGCUGCGCCUCGUCAGCCUCGGCGGGACGCCGCAGGGCGAGGCGGCGGUGGAGCUGGUGUGCCGCGAGCUGAAGCACUUGCAGGAUUACUGCCAGCCACAUGCGCCAGGAGCCUUGCUCAAAGCCGCCUUCAUCUGCACCCAGGUCGUGCAGUUCCCCUCGCAGAAACCCCUGCGGGCACAGCUGAUGGAAAGCUUUGGGGGUGGGUUUGAGGUGCAUACCUGGUCCAAGCUGCCCCACGGGUCUGGCCUUGGCACCAGCAGCAUCCUGGCAGGAGCAGCGAUGGCGUCGUUGUACCGGGCGGCCGGGAAGGCUGCCAGCACCGAGUCGCUCAUCCAUGCCGUGCUGCACCUGGAGCAGAGGCUGACGACAGGCGGUGGUUGGCAGGACCAGGUGGGCGGGCUCGUGCCCGGCAUCAAAAUCGGGAGGUCAAAGGCCCAGCUGCCGCUCAGGGUGGAGGUGGAGAAGAUUCCGGUGCCCGACGGUUUUACCCAGACCCUCAACGAUCACUUGCUGCUGGUGUACACGGGGAAGACUCGCCUGGCCCGCAACCUGCUCCAGGACGUGGUGAGGAACUGGUACGCCAGGCUGCCCUCCGCUGUGCACAACGCCGACGCGCUGGUGAGCAACGCUGAGGAGUGUGCCCAGGCCUUGAGGCAAGGUAACCUGCUGCUCAUCGGCAAGUGUCUGGAGCGCUACUGGCAGCAGAAGAAAUGCAUGGCCCCUGGGUCCGAGCCGCUGGCCGUCGGGCGCAUGAUGGAUGCUCUCCGGCCCUACGUCUACGGACAGUGCUUGGCGGGAGCUGGCGGCGGCGGCUUCCUUUACGUCUUAACCAAAGCCCCUCGGCAGAAAGCAGCUUUGCACCAAAUUCUAGUGAAAACUGAGGGCCUGGGCAACUUCAGCAUCCACAGCAUCGAAGUGGACACGGGUGGUUUCUCUGUGGAGGUUGUGGGACGUGAUCCGAAGGACGGUGCUCACUCCGGAGAGGACGUGGCUGUGUGA